AUGAGUGAUAUUUGCAUCUUGUCUGGUGAACCAGUCAGUUCUCUCUGCUGCUCUGUGCAUCAGGCUGCAUCUUCCCGCACUACGAACCACUUCGGCCCGUCUUACAUGGAAUGGUGGCCGCCUUAUGCUCCAGCCAUCCUUCCAAUGGGUUCUUCUCUCAACAUUAGGCAGCUACCAUCCUUGAAUGUACCACAUAUUGUGGAUGAGGAUCCGGUGACAGGAGCCUCCAGCGGACCUCUGUCAUCUGGCCUUGGCUUUAAGCUAGGGCCAAAUAAUCGACCAAUUUAUAAAGGCUGGCUUAAUGAGGCAAGCCAUCUUUAA